UCCGUAUUCUUCUGGUGAUUUUGAUCUUUUAAGUUCUUAUAGCUUCCACGGUGUCAAAAUCUUGGGAGGCCUUUUAAUUUUGGUGUUGUGUUCAGAGCAUUUCCAAUGAAAAAUUUCAUAUAUUUGUUUUUAAAAUAGAGUAAUUCUCUAAUGAGUGUGGUUUUUUCAAUUCUGUUCAAUUUUGGAGUGAAAAAUAGAAUAAUGGACAAGCAAAAUAUAUAUUACCAUAUUUUACAUGUACUUCGUCCAGAAACGAAAAUGAUUAAUUUAUUGUUAAAAUAGUAUUGGUUUAAAAAAUAUAUAGACUUGUAAUCGAUGUAAAAACAAUUUGAUUCUAAUUUCUCUAUUUAUUAUACAUAAUUUUUAAUUGGUAAAUAAACCAAAAAUAUAUAUUUGCUAUCUAGGUAGCAUCCAACAUAAGUCACAAAAGUUUGAUAUUAUAUUUUUAUGAUAAAAAGGUUAGUAAAAUAAAAUAUUUUGCCUGUAAAUCCAAUUAUGUUGGGUAGUGUUAGAUUAUCUGCUCUUUCAAAAUCUUCAAUCAAUCCUUAUAUAUUAGCUAUGAGAUACAAUUUCUUUAAGCAUGGAAGCUAACAAAAAUAAAAUAAAAACUUUUUGAAGAAAAACUUUGAUUUAUACAUCUUGCCUUCUCCAUCUCAGAUUAUUGUUUUGGAAAAGAAGUAUAAUCUGUAAUAUUUUGAAGAAAACUUUGCACAUGACUGAAUGCGGUUUGAUAAAUAAGACCAUCAUAAAAGUAGAAAAAAGAGUGAGAUUUAAAGAUAUUAAGAAAAAACAAAAUUAAAAAUGAUAUGAAUAAAAAUCAAUCUUGGAGAAGAAGCAUUGCAUGUCCACAUCAGGUUUGUGGAUUAGAAAAGGAGAAAAAAUGUGUUUUUUUUGUAACAAUAUGCAGUUAUAAAAAUAACCUCACAAAUAUAAAUAAUAGAACAUAUGUAGUUUGUCUAGAGAUUGCUGGUAAAGAUGAUCAUGGUAUGAAAAAAAACACCGCAAGCGAAGUGGCCAGAAAAAAAAAAUUUGACUUGUCACAUAAAUAUUUAAAGUGACAUGUUCGGUCAGCUUUCUACAUUUUUGUUUCUUUUAUUUUUUUUAAAAAAAUAUUUAGUAAAUUAUGUAACAAUAUAUUAUUGGUCGAGUGACUUGUAUUUUAAUAUAUAAAGGAUUAGAGUAUUUCUUAUUUAAAACUCUAUUUUGAAGAAAAAAAAUGAAGUAAUGCUCUUAAGAACUCUAUGUUGCACACUGUAUAUUUCAGAAGAAAUCCAUCCUGGAGCUGUGCAAUCUCCUCAGCAAGCUCAGACUCCAUCAUGAUACCGUUUUACUUUCUUGGAAAUAAUAUAAAACUUUCACAUUACUAAUGGUGGAGAAAAUUGCGUGGGUCUGAUAAUGAUUACUGGUUGUAAACCAUGGUUGUUACUGAAAGAUCUAUUCAGAAGGACGCAUGAGAUAAAAAGACAUCAUUCAAUCCAAGAUCAUAUUUUAGAUUGUUCAUCAACUGCCUGCUGGACUUAUGUUCCCUGGAUACUGGGACCGAUUGAGCAAACUUUUUUUAUUUCCUUGAAGUAGUUACUGUUUAUUGCUAUCACUAACAUCCAUAGGUUGUUGUAGGUUCUAAGAACAUGAAUAUCGGUUAGAACUGAUAAGAGUUGCUAGUAAAACCAAUGACAUAUAUGUGAGUAGGUUUUGAAACCGUAUUUUAAAAGUUGUUGUUUUAGAACCUUUUUCAUUUCUCUUUCAUAACUUUUCAUUAUUUUAUUUAUUUUUUAUUUUGAGAACUUGUGUUAAAAACCUACCGAUAAACGUGCUCUAAUAGUUUUGCCAAUACAUUCGACAACGCGUUGCAGCCUCUUAAGAUUCCAGCGUUCAGGUUACGACACAAAGAUGUUUCUCGUAAUGCUUUUCAAACUACAAUUGUGUUAUACAUAUAUUUUGUAUAUACUCUGUCGGCUGAUCCGGUCAGCGUUUAGUGUUACAGAGUGAACUGUCUACCACACUGUUUGACCCGAAUUUGGAAUACCUUCCGACUAAUGUCAUGGAUAGACCGAUCAUAUGUUACUCACCAUGUUAACCAAUUGGGCCGAAACCCAAGCCCAAACAGACUAAGUAAUAAUAAUUUAGUUACUAACUAAAAUCAAAUCCAUGACUGUGAAUAGAACACCAAACACCAAAAAUUACUAUUAGAUUACCACCACUUGCUUUGUGUUUUUUUAUUUUUUGCACUAAAAUAUUUCCCGCUUUGCAUGGCUAGAGCUGGUCAACCACAGAAUUCUAGUUGUUUAUCAAACAUUUAUGGUUGACAAUGGAAAAAAAUCAAACAUUUAUUUGUUUGCAAGUUCAUAGAAUAGACAGUAUUAAUUUUGGUUAUUUUGGUAAGUUUCCAAUAUUUCACAUUAACUAUCAAUCAAUAAAUGAUUAUUUUCACCAAUGAUCUUAUUUCUAUGUCUAAACAAGUCAUAUAAUAUAUAAUUCAUCAGACUAUUUAACUUUAUUAACUUAUUUUUCUUUGUUUAUUGGUGGUCAAAUUUUCAUUUCUUUGAACAUUUUAUUGAUUAUAACUAGAGGUAAAUCACUUAACAUAUUAGAUUGUUUGAAUUAAAUAGUCAAAGUUGCAAUAAAUAAAUUUUUGUUACUUCAAUUUUUACUGAGUCUAUUAACUUGCCUUACCGUUAAUGUUAUAAGAAGUUUUAUUAUAAUCCUCUCAUUUCUGUCACAUUUUCUUGUCUCUUCACACCAAUGAAGCCCAACGUGUUAAAGAGACUAUCACUGACAUGGGUUUCACUUCUCUGCAUUUCCUGCUUUUUCCUCGGUGCAAUUUUCACCUCCAGAUUGCGUUUGUCGGAUUCCGGUAGCCAGUUCAUUUUACAGCACCGCCGUGAUCAGGAAGUUAACGUAAUUACGAAAUUGCAUGAUCAUGAGAAAAAAAAAUCACAAGAAAAACAUGUAAUUGAGAACGUUCUGAGAACCCAUAAAGCAAUAGACCACAGAUCAUUGGAUAAGUCAGUGUCUAUGCUUCAGAAGCAGCUCUCUGUUAAACAGAGCUCUCAACCGAUUGUUGAUGUCUCAACAACAAAUACUUCGACAGAAGGAAACCAAAGGAAGAAAGUUUUCAUGGUGAUUGGUAUCAACACUGCAUUUAGCAGUAGAAAACGUCGUGAAUCUCUUAGAGAGACUUGGAUGCCUCAGGGGGAAAAGCUUGAGAAAUUGGAAAAAGAUAAAGGAAUUGUCGUCAAAUUCAUGAUUGGACACAGUCCGACACCACAUAGUAUAUUGGAUAAGGAAAUUGAUUCAGAAGAUGCUCAAUACAAAGAUUUCUUUAGGCUGGAUCAUGUGGAAGGAUAUUAUAAUCUGUCUGCGAAAACAAAAAGCUUCUUCUCCAGUGCAGUUAGAACGUGGGAUGCUGAGUUUUACGUCAAGAUUGAUGAUGACGUUCAUGUCAAUCUUGGUAUGCUUGCUUCUACAUUAGGUAUGCACCAUCAUAAGCCGAUGGUCUACAUUGGAUGUAUGAAAUCCGGACCUGUUCUUACUCAAAAGACGGCCAAGUAUCGUGAACCAGAGUUUUGGAAAUUUGGAGAGGAAGGUAAUGAAUAUUUUCGACAUGCUACAGGACAAAUCUAUGCCAUCUCAAAGGAUCUUGCCACAUACAUAUCUAACAACCAGCCAAUUUUACACAAGUAUGCAAAUGAAGAUGUGACACUCGGGUCAUGGUUAAUUGGUCUUGAGGUUGAGCAUAUCGAUGAUCGUAAUUUCUGUUGUGGUACACAUCGAGAUUGUGAAAUGAAGGCAGAGGCUGGAGAAGUGUGUGUGGCGUCUUUUGACAGGAAGUGCAGUGGGAUAUGCAAAUCUGUCGAUAGAAUGUGGACCGUUCAUGUGAUGUGUGGAGAAGGUGAUAAAGCCGUGUGGGAUGCAAAUUAUAACUUUCUUAGAUAAGAAAAUGUAAUAAGAGGAGAUGAACAUUUUGUUUUUGUAAAGAACCAAAAGGUAUACAAAUCCGCUUACUUGAGAA